AUGAGGAUUCAAAUUCUCAUAACUUUUUUAAUAAUUUCUAUCAAUUAUGUUUGUGCUGAGAAUGAAGGCCGAUCUUCGAUACUUGCUGAUGCUGUUGAUGAAUAUUUAUCAACAAGAGUUUCAAGAAGUACUGCGAAUUACAUUUUGGAACGAGAUGGAGACAGCUUUCAAACUACUUAUGAAGUAAAAGACUUUUUGGAUGAAUUUUUGAAAAAGAAAUUUACAAUUCCAAAGAUUGGCAUUCGAAUUGAAACUUUUGCAGUUCCAACAGAACGCAAAAGAGUUUUUCGGAUUUUUAUUGUAUCUUCUUAUGAAGGAUUAACCAGGAUUUUUAAUGAGAGAUCAUUGAAGGAUAUUCUACUUAAUGGACAUUUCUUAAUAAUAUUACCAAAAUGCGAAAAUCAUGAUUUUGAGAAAUUUUUCGAUUUUCUAUGGAAUUUGAGAAUUGUUAAUGUCAACAUAAUUUGCGCAAAAACAAACCAAUCAGUUUCAGUGUUUUCUUUCAUGCCCUUCACACAAAAUAAUUGCCGAGACACUAAACCAAUUCUCAUUAAUCAAUAUCAAAACGGAAAAUUUAUUAAACCAUCGAAUUUCUUUGAUCCUUUGAAGAUUAAAGACAUGAAAGGCUGUCCGGUACGAGUGGCUCUAACAAACAGUUCUGAGGCAGUUUUUUACACCUCCAUGGAGAAAAAUAAGAACAAAAUAUGUGGACCAGAUAUCAAACUUAUCUCAACUUUGUCCAAGGCAUUAAAUUUCAAGUUGAAUUUUACUUUUAUUGGUCACAGUGGAUUUUUAUUUGAAAAUGGAACAUCAGAAGGACCAUUUAGAGUUUUGCUGGACGAAAAUGCUGAUUUGGCCGUAGGAUACUGGUGGCUUAAGACAGUUCGAAUGAAAUUCUUUAGUAGCACAGUUUCAUACGCUCAACAACCGUUGAUUUUUAUCAUCCCACCAGGAAAACCAGUGACACAUUUGGAAAGGCUCAUCUCAGCUUUCAGUCUUCAAUCUUGGAUCUGUAUCGGAUUAUUUUACCUGAUCGGAAGUUUAGUGAUAUUAUUUGUUCAGUUGAAAUCUCCUUGCGUUCAAGAAUUUGUUUUUGGGGCUGGUGUGACAAGUCCAAUGUUUAGAAUGUUCUCAGUUUUCAUUGGCGACACUCUCAACAAUUUACCGAAACGAAACUUUGCGAGAUUUCUGCUUAUGAAUUUCAUAAUCUUCACGCUUAUAAUUCGAACUGUUUAUCAAGGCUCAUAUUUUCGUCAAAUGCGGACCUUCAGACAUCAUAAGGAAGUUGCUUCUAUCAAUGAAAUGAUAGAAAAAUAUUUUUACUUCUAUUCAAAUCCAGGAAUGAUUGACAUUCUUUUGGGCUUACCAGCAAUCAGAGAGAGAGUCAGAGAGUUGAACAAUGAAGAUUUGCCGGAAUUUCUUAAGCAAAUAACGACAAAUCCAAAUUUUAAAGCAGCCUACGCUAAUGCAUUGUUAUUCACAGAUUAUCUAAAUUUAAAGAACUCAGAUGAAUCUCAACACAUUUGCAAGGAAGUUUUUGCGACUAACUUGCCAGUUGUGAUUUACUCAUUGACAGAUUUUUAUCUCUUGAAUGCUUUGGAUGAGAAAUUAAUCACAAUUAUAAAAGCAGGUUUGAUUGAUCAUUGGACACGUGAAAGCUGUCGUCAGAAUGUUCGAAAAGUACAAGAAUCUAUUAAACCAAAAGUCUUAACAUUUGAUGACUUAGAAGGCAGCUUCUUAGUUCUCAUAUUUGGAUGUUUGUUAGGUUUCAUUGCUUUCCUUUGCGAGAAGUUUUUAUUGUAG